GAGACCCAGAACAACUGAUGUUAUUCUACUCUCAGAAAUGGCAUAUCCAAUUGUCUGGCAAAUAGAAGAUGUUUUCUAUCCUCUUAUUUCAGCCAUUGGUGUUCCUAUUAACUUGGUCGCAGUUAUCAUCCUGGCCCGAGGAAAGUGUGGUCUGUCCAAGUGCCUCACUUGCUACUUGAUUGGAAUGGCAGUGGCUGAUCUCCUUGUCGUUGUUUUUGAUGCCAUCUUGAUAUACACUUCUUUAAUUUAUUUUCCAAAUUCAUUCGCGAGGCUUACUCCCUUCUGUCGUCUUUUUACAGCCCUGGCAUCAGCAGCCUCAUCGAUUUCUGUCUGGUUCACAGUCACAUUCACUUCUGAUCGAUUUGUAGCCAUUUGCUAUGAGAGAUUGAAAUCCAAAUUUUGCACCGAGAGAACUGCAGCGGCAUUCCUUGCAGCGGUGACUGUGUUGGGCUGCCUGGAGUCUCUACCCUGGUAUUUUGCUAAUAGCGCAUCAUACAUCAUUGAUGAUAUUGAAUGGGGUUGCCUACUUAAAUCGAGUUUUUACACUUCCCCUGCAUGGGCUGCAUUUGAAAUCAUCAACUACAUUUUAACACCUUGUGUGCCAUUCUUUCUGAUCUUGCUGUUCAAUGUGCUGACUGUCAGACGUAUUUUAGUGAGCAGUCAGAUCCGCAGAAGUCUCCGUGGCCAAAGAAGUGGAGAGAAACACAAAGAUGUGGAGUUGCAAAACCGGCAGAAGUCCAUCACUUUGCUGUUCAGUAUAUCAGGCAGUUUUGUACUUUUGUGGUUAACCAAGCUUCUCUUCAGUAUUUAUGCACGAAUUAUGGAUAUCCGAACUUAUGACUACUCCGACAAAGACCCUUACUUUGUCGCAGAUCACACAGCGAAGAUGUUGCAAGUGCUCAGCUCCUGCACCAACACGUUUAUUUAUACUGUGAGCCAGACGAAGUUCAGGUCCGAACUGAUGAAUGCAAUGACAUACCCCUUCAGGAAAAUUAUUAAAUUGUGGAACAGAUUGAAGAGUUUGAAUCAUGUGAAUUAAAUUUCUCCUAUUCUCCAUAAUCUACAAUCGCCACGCAGGACGAAGUAAGUUAUCAGCACCACAGACUUAGCUCCGAUUAUUUGUCCAA